AGGGUGGGGCCCCCGGGGUCCGGGGCAAUAAAUAAGAGGGUUUUUAUGCCGCUGGAAUUAGGAGUCCGAUGGCAUAAGGCGCAGUCCAGGCUCCGGGUUCCAGACGUUACAGAGGAAAGCCGCAGGUUCCGACUCCAGGAUGACUCCGGCUCCCCGCAUUCUGUGCUUUGCACUCCUUUUGGUUUUAACCCUUUACGUGACGGCCCCGGCUGAGGCUUGCAGCUGCCUUUUCACUCACCCUCAGCAGCAGAUCUGCGACGCUCAGAUCGUGAUUUCUGCAAAAAUUAUUUGCAAGAAAGUGAUUUCCAUGCGGGAGAAAGGGCCCGACCCCUUCAACAAAUAUAUCCAGUACGAGAUCAAGAUGAUUAAGAUGUUCAAAGGAUUUGGGCAAAUAAAAGAUAUCCAGUACGCGUACACGCCGGCCGAGUCCUCUCUCUGUGGGGUCUCGUUAGAUACCACCAACAAGCGCCAGUACCUCCUCACAGGUCAUAUUUCUGAAGGUAAACUUUACAUCAUGCUUUGCAAUCUGAUUAAGCCGUGGGAGGACGUGUCCUUCUCUCUGAUGAAGAUCUUGAAUCAGAAGUUCCAGAUGGGCUGUGACUGCAAAAUUGUCACGUGUUACACGUCGGAGUGCGCACUCGAGGCGCCCAACCAGUGUCUCUGGACGGACUGGCUGAUGGAGAGGCAGCUGCAGGGCCCACAGGCCAACAAUUACGCCUGCAUCAAGAGGAGUAACGGCUCCUGCAGCUGGUACCGCAUCGCCCCCUACACCAUCAAGGACUACUUUCUCAGCAGUGAACCCUAAGGGCCAUGUGCUGCGUUCCACCAAUCACCGCCAGCUUACAGGCCACAUGUUAUAUGAAUCUGUUAGAUGAAUUCUGCACGCACUUUCUUGAUUUGAAGGAAUCGGUGGCUGGGUAGAGCCUAUGGGUGAUUUCCACGACACAGGAGCCGGCGUGUCGCUGACGUUCUCCUGGUGGCCUCUGUGGGCCAUUUCACAAAAGUAGAAGCCCUCAUUUCUUUGUCUUCCAAUAAUUUUACUAAUACCCUUGUUGUUCCUCGUACAUUGUGUCACGCUUCCUACAAGAAGCCGGGAAAGGGUCUGCGGUUGUGGUCAGCGUGUAUCA